AUGGGGAAAUAUGGGAAAGAUAUUGCUUCUUCUUCUUCAGUUAUUGGCCAAAAAAACCAUCACUUCUUCCAAGUUUUCACUCCUGACAAAAGCUCUCACCAUUUGAAAUUACCAGCAGCAUUUAUCAACAGAUUGGAUGAAGACUUGCCUAAAAAAGUCACUCUUAGAGACUCCACUGACAAACUAUGGAGUGUGAAAGUAGUAAAGUCUGGAAAUGACUACUUUUUUCAGAAUGGUUGGGGGGAUUUUGUGAAUCACUAUACUUUGCAAUAUGGUAAUUUUCUGAUGUUCAAUUAUCAUGGUAACUCUAGGUUCCAUGUGAGUGUGUUCGAUUACAGUACUCAAUGUGAAAGGGAAGAUACCACAAUAGACUAUGUAAUUGGUAAUGAAAAUCCUUCAUUAGGUGAAGAUGCAUGUGAACUGGAAGUUCCAGAAAGUUUGAGGCAGUCUCUUGGUGAUUCUUCUGAAAAUAAUUCAGAGAAGUAUGAUGUCAUUGCAAACUCAUAUGAUAAUCCGGAAAAGCCACAGUUCACGGCAACUGUUAACGAUAAAAGUCAAUAUGCAGUGACAGAUAUGACUAUUCGUGUUCAAAGUGGGAAGAAAUGGCCUGUUGAAGUCUAUUGCGAAGAGUAUGGUAAGCGGUAUGUAAUCCGUAAGGGAUGGCAUGAUUUCAGGACCGAAAAUAAUAUGAAACACGGGGACAAGUGCAUCCUUGAGUUUAAGAAGGGAAGGGGAGGCAGAAGAACAUCAGAUGUGAUCCAUGCAUAUCCAUUGAAUGUGAAACUGGAAAGGUAAAUGAACCAACUGUCCAAGAAAGAUGCUGCUGAUGGAAAAGUUUGGGUUACUAUUCUCUAAUUAGACCAUCUCAAAGAAGGGCUUGCUAUGAGUC